GAUGCUCCGCGCCGGUUCCGACCGGCACCGGCGGCUCCUACCGGCACCGGAGCCAUGUCCUGGCGGCGCUGAGCCUCGCCGGACCCCUCACCCCGCCAUGGGGAGCAUCUACAAGGAAUACUUCAACCGCGACAAGAUCCGCGAGCACUACAACUUCACCAAGGGCGACACCGAGAGCGCCCUGGCGCCCUCGCGCUGGGUGGGCUCCGUCCUCAUCGUCCUCCUCUGCUGCUUCAUCGUCCUGGAGAACCUCCUGGUGCUGGUGUCCAUCUGCCGCAACAAACGCCUCCACCUGGCCAUGUACAUCUUCAUCGGCAACCUGGCCGCCUCGGACCUGCUGGCCGGAGCCGCCUUCAUGGUCAACACCCUCCUGUCGGGCAGCACCACCUUCCGCCUGACGCCGGUGCAGUGGUUCGUCAGGGAGGGCACGGCGUUCGCCACGCUGGCCGCCUCGGUCUUCAGCCUGCUGGCCAUCGCCAUCGAGCGCCACGUGGCCAUCACCAAGGUGAAGGUGUACAGCAGCGAUAAGAAUUGCCGCAUGGUGUUGCUCAUCGGCGCCUGUUGGUUGAUCGCCGGCGCCAUCGGGAGUUUGCCCAUCAUGGGGUGGAAUUGUAUCAGCGAUUUGGGGGAUUGCUCCACGGUGCUGCCGCUCUACUCCAAGCGUUACGUGCUCUUCGUCACCACCAUCUUCACCCUCAUCCUGCUGGCCAUCGUGGGGCUCUACACGCGCAUUUACUGCGUGGUGCGCUCCAGCCACGCCGAGAUCGCCUCGGCGCAGACUCUGGCGCUGCUCAAGACCGUCACCAUCGUGCUGGGGGCCUUCAUCGUCUGCUGGUCGCCCGCCUUCAUCAUCCUCCUGAUGGACGCCUCGUGUCCGGUGCGCUCGUGCCGCGUUUUGUACAGCGCCAAUUAUUUCUUCGCCUUCGCCACGCUCAACUCGGCGGCCAACCCGGUGAUUUACAUGCUGAGGAGCAAGGAGAUGCGCGGCGAGUUCCUGCGCGUGCUGUGCUGCUGCGGCCGCGGCCGGCGGCGAUCCAGGCCCCCCGGCCGGGCGGGGGUCCCGUUACGCACGUCCAGCUCGCUGGACAAAGGCGCGGCCGGAGCCGCGGCCGAGCUGCCCACGGCGCCGUUGACCAGAGAGUGCACCACGUGUGUGUGA